UUUAGGUCUAGUUCUGUCAUGGAGACGCUGUGUCACAGGCCACGGAUCUGAUGGGGAUUACUGCCAAUUAAUGGAGUCAAUUUUAAAAUUGGAUAAAGGAUAGAUUACAGAUUUGCCACAGUUUUAAGAAUCAACUUUGAAAUGACUCUAAAACGUUAUCCUUCAGUUUUGAUAUUGGUAUCAUAUCAUGUGUGUUAACCUUUACAGAUUCAGAGAAGUUUUCAAACAGAUAUAACUAAAUAUAAAUUAUAAGAUUGUAAUAAUAAAAAGUUCCAAUGCCUGUCGGAACAGAUGGACCGACUGUUCAACCACCGAGGCUUUCGUCGCCGUCAAAACUUCCAACACAAUUUGAAAUAAAUGAAGAGGAUGAGUUAAUGAACAUUAAACCCGAGGACAGUGUUUCUGGAACAAAAUCAAGAAGAUCAUCGAAAGAUACUUCAGGUCUUAUAACAGACCUCACAAGGUUAAAAGCCAUUACUGGCGAUGAUCGAAUCGGUGACCCGUUGUAUGUUACAGAAUACAGACAAAAACUACCAGAUCUUACACAAGAAAUAAUUAAAGAACGUACAUUUGAAGGAGAUGAGUUUGAAAUACGUGGGUUGAGUGGUGCUGAUUUGACAAGACACUUGCAAGAUGAAUAUAUAGAAGAUGAUGCUGCAGAUGGCAGAUCCGACGUGUUUGAGGACAAUGAAUCUAAUAUAUCAUCGUUGGAAAGUGACGACGAAAAAGCAAACGAAGAAUAUGAUACAGACUUUGAUCCAACAGAAGCUGAUAGACUUAUUUACCCAGAACGGUAUGAAACUGACCCAAAUGGUGUGGGGUUAUAUGAACGCCAUUGUGAAGAGAUUGGUGUACAGCCUAUUACCUACUUCAUUAAACAUAUGCAGGACACAAAUCUUAUAAUGAAAUUUCAUGGACUAGGACCUCAAGGAAUGCGUGCUAUUGCUGGCAAUAUAGAGAUAAACACAGUAACAGAGAGAAUAGAUUUAGAGGGUAAUUACAUACUCGGGGAAGGUGCAACAUAUCUCACAAGAGUAUUGAAGGACAACUCAUACGUAUCCGAGCUGGUAUUGUCUGAAAACAAAAUAGGAUCAGAAGGAGCUGUGGCAUUGUGCGAAUUAUUAACUAAAAACAAAACCAUUAUUCAUUUAAAUUUAACAGGGAAUGAAAUAGAUGAUUCAGCUGCUGAUGCAUUCUAUGACAUGCUAGUGGCAAACUCUGAAAUAAAAACAUUGAUUUUGAAGCAUAACUGCUUUGAGGAGUACGGUGCUGAUAGUUUCUGUAAGAUAAUGGAUGAAAAUGUGACAUUACAAACAUUAGAUCUCAGCUGGAACCACUUUCAAUCCAAAGGUUGUGCUGCACUGGCUGAAGGAAUUAAGUUGAAUGAAGGUCUGAAGUAUUUAGAUGUCAGCAUGAAUGGAUUCGGUCUAGAAGGGGCACGAGCAAUGGAGGAUGCGCUAAAAACUAAUAGAAUAUUGAGAGAGUUGCAUUGUACACACUGUAGAAUACCUGUAGAAGGUGCACCUCACAUAGCAGCUGGCAUACAAGUCAAUGAAGCUUUAGUUAAAUUAUAUAUCGGACAUAAUGAGUACGGAUGUGAUGGAGGAUUUUUUAUACUAGAAGGCGUAAAUAGAAAUGACAAAAAGACAUUGAAAUAUUUAGACUUUGCGAAUUUAAUGGUAAGAAGAUCGUUUAAAGCAUUAGAGAAAGAGUUGAAAGACGACCGAAGUUUAGUCACAGUAUAUGGAGGUGUUUUGGUUGACGUGGCCAGCUUUGCUAGUAAAAUACCCCGAAAUCCCGAAAAAUUAUUGGCGUCAGAUCCUAUGACGAAGCUCAGAGAAUAUGUAGAGAAAUCCGGGUAUAGAAUGAUUGAUUUGCUGAAAACGUUCGAUAGAGAUAACGACUGGCAGAUAUCUAGAGAGGAAUUGUCUAUGGGUGUUAAGAAAUGUGAAAUUGAUCUAACUGAAGACCAGAUUGACAAGUUGAUGAGCCAGUUAGACCUAAAUGGCGAUGGUCAAAUAGAUCUCAGUGAGCUUAUGGAAGGAAAGCUAGAAAAUACUUUGCUACAACGAGAAGCUAUAAGAUAUAGAGAAGAGGUUGACAAAAAGACGAAAAAACAAGAACAGAUGACGGCGAAAGCUGAUCCUCUAUCGUUUAUGGAAAUGAUGAAUGAUUAGGUCGGACUCCUUCAGUGAUACUCAUGUUUUUACCCGGUUCUUAAAUAAAGAAUGCAAACUCUGUAUUGUAAAAAAGACAUUUGAAUGGUCGAUAUAUAUAUUAUACAAUUCAUUCAUGCCAAUUGUACUACUGUUAGUUGAGAUGUUAUGACCUUUGUAAAUUGUGACUGUUAUAUAUUAAUGUACAUUAAAAUGUUUGUAGGCUAACAGUUAAACUCUGUAACAUUGCUUUUGUCAUACAAAUAGGUUUAUUUUAUUUUUGUAUAAAUGAUUAUUCUUUGUCAGACUUUUUCAAACAUAACAUUUAGAUAACACAUUUCAAGAGGUUUUUAUUUCACGAAAGUUAGAUCAUGAUAAUAGACGGAAGUUUUUACUAUGAUUUAUCAAAAGAAGACAACGAAACAAGACUUUUUCGCUUAACUUUUUAAUUGUCAAGAUUUGUUUAAGUCAUUUUUUGUAUCUAAUUUAAU